CAACCUUCAAUAUUUUCAACCACUUCAAUUAAAAAUGGUGGUUCCAGUGAUUGAUUUCUCAAAGCUUGAUGGAAAUGACAGGGAGAAAACUUUAGCUGAAAUUGCCAAUGGAUGUGAACAAUGGGGUUUCUUUCAGUUGGUGAACCAUGGGAUAUCAGUGGAGUUAUUAGAGAGAGUGAAGAAGGUGUCUUCAGAGUGCUUUAAGUUAGAAAGAGAGGAGAGAUUCAAGGAUUCAAGCACAGUGAAGUUGCUAAACAAGUUAGUUGAUAAUGAAGACCAAAAAACAAGGCUGGAUGAUGUUGAUUGGGAGGAUGUUUUCAUCCUUCAAGAUAAUAAUCAAUGGCCUUCCAAUCCUCCUCAAUUCAAGGAAACAAUGAAGGAAUACCGAGCAGAGCUCAAGAAGCUCGCGGAGAAGAUAAUGGAGGUGAUGGAUGAGAACCUUGGCCUCGAGAAAGGCUACAUAAAGAAAGCAUUCUCCGGCGGGGUGGACGACGAUGGUGUUGAGCUUCACCGUCCCUUCUUUGGGACGAAGGUGAGCCAUUACCCUCCGUGUCCUAACCCCGACAUGGUCAAUGGUCUUCGAGCUCACACCGAUGCCGGAGGAGUCAUCCUUCUUUUCCAGGAUGACAAGGUUGGUGGCCUGCAAGUACUGAAAGACGGCCGGUGGAUCGAUGUCCAGCCAUUAACCAAUGCCAUUGUCAUUAACACCGGAGAUCAGAUAGAAGUGCUCAGCAAUGGCAGGUACAAGAGUGCAUGGCACAGGGUGCUGGCGAGACCUGACGGUAAUCGCCGAUCAAUUGCUUCAUUCUAUAAUCCGUCUUUCAAUGCCACCAUUGCUCCAGCACCGAAACUGAUCACCAGAGAGAUGAAGGGGGAGGAGGAAGCUGCUCGUCUCGCUUACCCUAAGUUUCUUUUCCGGGAUUAUAUGACUGUGUAUACUCAGCAGAAAUUCUUGGCUAAGGAACCAAGGUUUCAGGCUGUUGGUGCAAGGUAGUAAUGCGGAGAUGAUGAAGAUGAAUGUUUGGGAAUGCAUGUGUGAGGUUUGUGGUGUGUGAUUUUAGGUUGAUGUGUUUGUGUUUGUGUUUGAUUGAAAAGAGAUGCUUGUUUGUAAUAAAUCAGCAUCCUUUCUGAUGUUCAAGUGUGUGGUUGAGUCAAUGUAUCACUAUUGCUUGUUAAUUAAAUUAUGAUGUGUUUACAAGUUAUGGUAAUUAUUAAACAUUUCACUUUUCUCUGGUUUUGCUAGUACAGAUUAUCAUAGUUGUAUUUACAUUUUAUCUUUUGAGAGUUCUGCUAUUAAUAUAAUUUAGAUGACAGUAGAAUAAAAAUAAUGGCUCACUUUGAUCUUAUAAACAGUCAUUGAACUAGAUAAAACUUUACAAAAAUUUAAUUCAAUCUCUAAAAUGGACUAUUUUUUAUUUAACUCAAUAAAAUUUUCAAAAUUUUGAAUUUUAUUUUUUACUUAUUUGUUUUUGACGGAUCCAUUUUUUGGAACAACAUAUUGAAAGCACUAUAGUAAAGUCGACAUCUUCCAACAGGUGUGAUUUAUAUACGAAAGGAUUCAAAUUCGAAACCUGCACAUGAACAGCCUAAACCUCUACCACUUGAACCAACCCUAUGAACUUGAUACCAAAUGAGAUUUAUUCAAUAAGUAAGAAAGAAGGCAAG